CAGAAGUCAUGCUGUAGAUGUGAAUUUUCUUCCAUAUGUAGUGGUACAGGCUGAAGGUGUUGUGACUCGCAUUGAACCAUGUUAGCAAAGAAUUGCUCAUUGGAUUGUGACAGUUUUCACAGGUUCAUUUCCACAGACAUGGGUUGGGAUGCUCAUUUGAGCAGCUCAGCUGGCAAACUUGAGAUGAAAGGAAAAAAGACUCAAUCAGAUUAUGAUGCUUUAGGUAUGGCUCCAGUGGAAGAAGAGUAUUUUACUGAUUUGGUGAAAGCUAAGCAAUUGGCACUCAAAACUAAUAAGGUGAAGACAAGAUAUACCAAUACAUACAGACUGGAGUCACAUAAUAAGUUUCGGGAUUAUUUAGUAAGAGACAGAGCUCAAGCAAUACUAAUGAAUAAACUUCAGCAACACAAGUAUGAUGGAGUUUCCAGUCCCUCCUUGUGUGCUUCAAUCUCUGAAGAAAUAUUAAAGGCUGUGAAGGAAUUGGACUUUGACCGUUAUAAGUAUGUGGUAUCAGUACUAAUUGUGGAAAAGGCAGGCCAGGCAAUGAAUGUUGCCAGCAGAUGGGUCUGGGAUGCUCAAAGAGACACUUGGGUUUCAGCUAAAUACGAAACUGAAACAUUUAUUGCACUGGCUUUGGAUGACACAGAAGAAAACUCCAAUGAUGGCAGCCAGCCAUCCAAAAGACGACGUAUGGGCUCAGGGGACAGUUCUAGGAGCUGUGAAACUUCUAGUCAAGACCUUGGAUACAGCUAUUUUCCUGCUGAAAACUUGAUAGAAUACAAGUGGCCGCCAGAUGAAACAGGAGAGUACUAUAUGCUUCAGGAGCAAGUCAGUGAAUAUUUGGGUGUGACUUCCUUUAAAAGAAAAUAUCCAGAUUUAGAAAGACGAGAUCUAUCUCACAAGGAGAAACUCUACCUCAGAGAACUAAAUGUCAUCACGGAGACUCAGUGCACACUAGGUCUAACAGCUUUGCGUAGUGAUGAAGUAAUUGAUCUUAUGAUUAAAGAAUACCCUGCCAAACAUGCUGAGUAUUCCGUUAUACUGCAAGAGAAAGAACGUCAGCGAAUAACAGAUCAUUAUAAAGAGUACUCUCAAAUGCAGCAGCAGAAUACACAAAAAGUAGAAGCCAGUAAAGUUCCAGAAUAUAUAAAAAAGGCUGCCAAGAAAGCUGCAGAAUUCAACAGCAAUUUAAACCGAGAGCGGAUGGAAGAAAGAAGAGCCUAUUUCGAUCUACAGACACAUAUUAUCCAGGUGCCUCAAGGAAAAUACAAAAUCUUGCCUACAGAGAGAACAAAGGUUAGUCCUUAUCCAGUGGCUCUCAUACCCGGCCAGUUCCAGGAGUACUACAAAAGAUACUCUCCAGAUGAACUUCGUUACUUGCCAUUAAACACAGCUCUUUAUGAACCUCCUUUGGAUCCAGAGCUACCUGCGUUAGACAGUGAUGGAGAUUCAGAUGAUGCAGAUGAAGGGCGAGGUGAUGAAAAACGGAAAACCAAAGGCAAUUCGGACAAUUCAUCUGGCAAUGUAUCUGAAGGUGAUUGCGCCACAGACAACCAGGAGGAUUCUUUUCAGGGAAGACAAAAAACAAGAGACAAAAGUGCUACUCCAAGAAAAGAUGGUUCCAAACGUUCUGUAUUAUCCAAAUCAGUUCCUGGGUACAAGCCAAAGGUCAUUCCAAAUGCUAUAUGUGGAAUUUGUCUGAAGGGUAAGGAGUCCAACAAGAAAGGAAAAGCUGAAGCUCUUAUACAUUGCUCCCAGUGUGACAACAGUGGCCACCCUUCUUGCCUUGAUAUGACCCCGGAGCUUGUUGCUAUGAUUAAGACUUACCCUUGGCAAUGUAUGGAGUGUAAAACGUGCAUUAUAUGUGGGCAGCCUCACCAUGAAGAAGAAAUGAUGUUCUGUGAUGUAUGUGACCGUGGUUAUCACACUUUUUGUGUGGGGCUUGACGCUAUCCCUUCAGGUCGCUGGAUUUGUGAUUGUUGUCAGAAAGACCCUCCCGUACCCAGAAGAGGAGGAAGAAGGGGGAAAAACAGCAAGGAGGGCUAACCCCCCCCCCCAAAUUGCUGUCCAAAACUUAACUGCACAAAUUAGAAGUGAUACUUUGGUGCUAUUUAACCAACCACUCUUAAGAGGAACAAUACCACUUUUUUUUUCUUUUUACCAAAUAAACUUUUAAUUUUGGCUAUAUAAUGACUUUUUUCUGAUACAAGUCACUAAUCAUGUCCUGUCAGGUGUCUAGAUAGAGACAGACAAGCCAAAUUCCCACUCGAGAAGGCUUUCAGUAAUGAAAUUUAAAUUGUACAUGCACCAUUUGUAUAAAAUUAUAGUAAUGUUCUUGUUUCAGUGCACUCAUCAGUAAGCUCUGUGAAAAGAAAAUUACAGAGCAAUUUAAAUAUACACUAUUUGCAUAGCAGCUGGUUAUUUUGAAAGUCUCAAUCAAAGCAAAAAAUACUCCUGGAAAAACUAACUUUGAAGGAAGAGUAGGCAUGCCCUGACCUUCUUACAAUAUGCUGUGAAUUCCUUUCAGCAGAAGUUUUCUUUGCAAGCUAAUGACUUAUUCAUAAAGAUGUACUAAAAAAAAAAA